AUGGUAGAAUAUGAACUUUUGCUUCAGUUACUCAUGCCUUAAUUAUCUGACACGUAUAUAACAGGCAGAGAAGUUUGCUAUGAGCGCGUGGGCUGCUUUACAGAUGACAUCCCAUGGUCUGGAACAGUGGAACGACCCAUCGCACGACUCCCUUGGUCACCUCAAGAAAUAAAUACACGCUUUCUUCUGUAUACUCGAAAGAACCAUGAGAACUUUCAGGAAAUCACUGCAAUUCAUCCAGAAACAAUUGACAACUCCAAUUUCAAUCCCAGCAAAAUAACCCGUUUCAUCACCCAUGGAUUCAUAGACCAGGGAGAAGAAAGGUGGUUAUCAGAUAUGUGCAAGAGAAUGCUUCAAGUGGAAGAUGUGAACUGCAUUUGCAUAGAUUGGGUCAAAGGUUCCAGAUGUGCAUAUACCCAGGCAGCUAACAACAUCCGGGUGGUAGGGAGUGAAGUGGCUUAUUUUGUAAAUAUCCUUAAGGAGAAAUAUGGAUACCCUCCCUCCAUGGUACAUUUCAUUGGUCAUAGCCUUGGGGCCCAUGCAGGUUCUGAGCUGGGAAGCAGAAUAAAAGGAAUUGGAAGAAUCUCUGGACUAGACCCUGCUCAACCUUACUUUCAAGGAACUCCACCUGAGAUCAGAUUGGACAAAAAAGAUGCUGAGUUUGUUGACGUGAUUCAUACUGAUUCAGCACCAACUAUUCCAUACUUAGGGUUUGGGAUGAGUCAAGCAAUUGGACAUCUUGAUUUUUAUCCAAAUGGAGGAGAACAAAUGCCAGGAUGUAAAAGAAACGCUCUUUCACAAAUAGUGGAUAUUGAUGGCAUUUGGGAAGGAACCCGUGACUUUGUGGCCUGUAACCAUCUACGGAGCUAUAAAUAUUAUUCAGAUAGCAUUCUAUUUCCAAAUGGAUUUUUGGGCUACCCUUGUGGAGCAUACAACUUAUUUGAAAAAGGCACCUGCUUCCCGUGUCCAGCAGGUGGAUGUCCUCCUAUGGGUCAUUAUGCAGAUCGAUUUAAAGACAAUAUCACUUCUGAAUUUACUAAGCUUUAUUUGAACACUGGAGACGCCAAAAACUUUUCCCGUUGGAGAUACAAGUCAUCAGUCACACUGUCUGGAAAAAGCAGCGUCUGGGGACACAUAAAUAUUGCCCUGUAUGGGAGCGGAGGAAACACAAGGCAAUAUGAAAUUUUCAGGGGGAGGCUCAAACCUGGUGAGAUUCAUACCAACCAAAUAGAUGUAGAACUUAAGGUUGGAACCAUCACUAAGGUUAAAUUUAUUUGGAACAACAUUUACAUAAACCCAACUUUGCCCCGACUAGGAGCAACAAAGAUUACAGUGCAAGAUGGAGAAACUGGGAAUGUAUUCCAUUUCUGCGGCAGUGAAACUGUAAGAGAAGGUGUGCUGCAAACACUUACACCAUGCUGA